GAGGAGAGCUGCGGGGAGAGUGAGCGCUGAGUGCCUGGCUGUGCGUUCAUCCCCCUCCCUCCAUUCUUAUUCCUCCCCUCUCAUUUCGUCCUGCUAUUAUUUGCAUGCAUUAGUCCCUCUCCCUCUGCUCACCGAUGUCUCCUGCACCCUGCUUGGACUAUUAAAGGUGGAAUCACUGAUGGAUUAAAUCAUGGUGGGGUCAAUCAACGUUGCUCUCCUCCUGCUCUUGGCUUUUAUUCACCCGUUUACUGCAAGUGGGGAGACGGAAUUCGGUUGCUUGUUUGAAGAUGACCUUUGCAAACCCUUUGAAAUGUGCUUAAACGACGGAGUGUUUGGGAGGUGUCAGCGGAUGCCAGUGAUAGACGUAUUCAAAUACGAAGUGUCACCCUCCGCUGUCAAGCGUCUUCGGACCAUCCUUCAGGAGCUAUCUCGUAGAGGUUUUACUUGGAAAGAUGAUUAUACUCAACGAAUCAUCGCUGGUGAGUUAUCAAACCUUCGGAAAAUCUACAACAGACAACCAGAAGCAAAUCCUUUGGAUGGAUCUGGCACAGCAAGAACUUUUAAGCCAAACUCCGAAACUGAGAAGAAUUAUGAAUUAGACAAAAAUAAAAAGUUUGCCAAAUCUUUUCACCAAUAUCUUCAGUAUCUUGGAAUUUUGCCCCAAUCUGCAUCACCAAGCUUCUACCCAAAGACAAAGACCGAAACGCCGCCGAUAACGAAGGAUAUCAACUCUGAGGUUCUCAUUGAUCGCGUGCUUCAGAAAUCCCAAGCAAACUCACCCACGCUGUCAUUUGCUUCAGUGCCCCAUCAGACCGUUCCUGAGAAUCUCCCUUCUAAGUCCUUGACUCAACUUCCAAAGGAGUCGGAAGCAGAUCACGAGAAGAAAUCCUUACUGGCGGCAUUAAAAGCUUACCUUGCACAAAAAGCAAUGGUGCAGAAUCCCGAUAAUCUAGAGUCGAAUACAAGGGCUAAAGUUACUUCACUGUUUUCCAAUAGACACUAUAGCCCUCAGCCUGAUGGAGUGCUUCCUAAAGAUGACGGAAAAGAUGGUUUAAAAACAAAGCCUUUUGUUCAGAGACCAAGAAAUAGAAUAUCAUUGAGACCAAACACCGGAUCUCUGAUUUAUAAAUCGAGCUCUCGCCAUCAGAACACAAAGGACCCACUGAGUGCCGUGGAUGAAACAUUUAUACAGAAUGUUGUAAAGGAACUGGGCAAACACAAAUUGAACCUUGACAGUUUCAGCCCCAAAGAGCUGGAUGAGCUUGCGGAUGUAAUCGCGGACACGCUUCAGAUUGUUGACGGAGAUCAGCCGAACACCAGGAGACUGGAAGGAGGGAGAGCAGAGCAAGAAAUGAAAAGGACAGACGCGUAUGAAUCCAGAGAAACUGGAGAUCAAAACAGAGAGAUCAAUAUCACAUUUCAAGGUCAAGAAUCAAGCGGAAAAGACUCACAAUCCGAAAUAAAGGAUAAAGGAACCAGUUCAAGCAAAGAGGAUUUUUCCGAUUUUACCAUAAAUCCAGUACCCAAAGAAUUUAAGCCCGAAGAACUUUUUAAUCCAGAGCUCCAAAAAUAUGGAGAUUUCCAUUACAUUUCGGAUGACGAUGGAGAGGAGAAGGUCGGAAUAGAAAAUGUAAAAAGUGAGGCAUACACUAGAGAACUGACAGCUCAGAAGAAAGCCGUCGAGGAUGCCGAUUCCACAGAAUUGAUUGAGCUUCAGCACUGGAUAAAGGAGAGUCUUGCGCAGGAUGGAAGAACGUACCAGGAGGAACCAAAUGAAAAAGUGCUAGACGACUUAAAGCUACAAGUCAAGUCCUCUACCGGUGACCAGUAUGGUUACAUCGAGACGCAGAAAACCCAUCUGUCUGCUGAAAAGGGUGUGGAAUUACUGAAAGAAGUAGCCGUGCUUCUAAAACAGCAAAUGAACACAUUCAGUGAUAUCAGUGUAUAUGGCUCCACUGUCCUGUUCCAAGUGCGCGCCACUGUGCCAAAUAUUACAAACGAAGAUGUGGCGAUGACUGCAGCUGCUAAUAAAGAAAAGCUGGAAAAUUCUACGGGCCUGAAAAUUCUCCAGACUGGAGUCGGACAGAAAAGCAAAUUGAAGUUUUUAACUCAUCACCUUGAAGAAGAGAAUUCCACCAAAUUUAUUAUCCUCACUCUUAUCUCCAUCGUCUGUAUUAUUGGGGUUCUUACCGGCUCUGGGGUUAUCUACUGCUUAAGACAUAGGUCCCACCACAAGCUCAAGGAGAAGCUCUCUGCCUUAGCAUCUGACACCAGCACAGAUGCCACCAACGCCUACCAGGAACUUUGCCGCCAGCGGAUGGCCGUCAAGACCUCUGACCGGCCAGAGCCUCUUCACAGUUCCCGUAUCAACAGCAUCUCCUCACAGUUCAGCGAUGGGCCGAUGCAAAGUCCCACGGCAAGGAGCAGCACCUCAUCUUGGAGUGAAGAGCCAGUCCAAUCCAAUAUGGACAUCUCCACCGGCCACAUGAUACUGUCUUACAUGGAAGACCACUUGAAAAAUAAGAACCGUCUGGAAAAGGAAUGGGAAGCUCUUUGCGCUUAUCAGGCAGAGCCGAAUUCAACGCUCAUCGCUCAUAAGGAGGCGAACAUAAUGAAGAAUCGUUCCAUGGAUGUUGUGACGUAUGACCACAACAGAAUCAUAUUAAAGGCAGAAAACAGUCACGAUAACUCAGACUACAUCAAUGCCAGUCCGAUUAUGGAUCACGACCCAAGGAACCCAGCAUAUAUUGCUACCCAAGGACCCCUGCCUUCAACUGUGGCCGAUUUCUGGCAGAUGGUUUGGGAGAACGGCUGCGUGGUAAUUGUGAUGCUGACAUCCCUAGCUGAAAAUGGAGUCAAGCAGUGUUAUCAUUACUGGCCUGAUGAAGGGUCCAACCUCUACAACAUCUACGAGGUAAAUCUGGUCUCUGAACAUAUCUGGUGCGAUGAUUUCCUCGUGAGGAGUUUCUAUUUGAAAAAUUUGCAGACCAACGAAACCCGCACGGUCACUCAGUUUAAUUUCCUCACCUGGAAUGACCAUGGCGUUCCAGCUUCCACGAGGUCUCUUCUAGAUUUCCGCAGGAAAGUUAACAAGUGCUACAAGGGCCGGUCCCGUCCAGUAAUAAUACACUGCAGCGAUGGUGCAGGGAGGAGCGGGACGUAUAUUCUGAUUGACAUGGUGCUCAAUAAGAUGGCUAAAGGUGCUAAGGAGAUUGACAUAGCUGCCACCCUUGAGCACUUGAGAGACCAAAGACCAGGAAUGGUUCAGACAAAGGAGCAGUUUGAGUUUGCCCUGACGGCUGUGGCGGAGGAAGUGAACGCAAUACUAAAGGCGCUUCCACAAUAAGUAUUUACCCCAGGAAGAACCCCAGAGGAUCUCUCUCAUCCCCCUUUUCCUCAUCAGUCUCUAUAACGUUUCUUGGAAAUUGUGACCUGGUGUAUCAUGUAUUGUAGCCUCAUAGAUGAUCGGCCGUCCAACCUUAUAUCUUCUGCAAAAGGUCAGCCGUUCGCCGCAAAGCAGUGAUAAGGUGGAAUUCGUCUUAACCUCUCUGGCCAACAUAAUAAAUCACAAAUCAUAAAGAAUUAAAAAAAAAA